GAGGGGAAGGCGGCCAGACGGGAGCAUGGUCGCGGCUCCGCAGCAGCUUCCGCCACCGCGCCGCGCCUCCCUGCCCGGCCUCCAGCGCGGCUCCCGGCGCCCGCAGCCGCGCGGGGCUCUGCGUUAGCGGCGGAGGCUGCGAUGCACAAGCUGCCGCCUCCCGCCGCCGCGCAUCCUCCCGCCGCCUGAGGACGCGGCCGCCUGCGCCCCCGCGGAGGGAGGUAAUCUGGCUUCCCAGAAAUCUUCUGCUAAAUGCAAGGGGUUGCUGUCCUGUUUACUGACUGUUACACCUGAGGCUGAUUUUGAUACAGACUGUGGAUAUCACAGGGCAGGCUCUCGAGUUCCCCCUGAGCCGCAGCCGCCCUCCACCGAGAUGUCACGGCACCACAGCCGGUUUGAAAGAGAUUACCGUGCCGGGUGGGAGCGCCGGGACUGGAGCUCCAACGGGAACCAUGUGGGCAGCACCAGCUGCAGCAGCGCCGCCAGCACCACCAGCAGCUCCCGGCCCGGGCUGCUGCCGCUGCCCAUCGUCCCCUCGCGCCUCCCCACGCCGGCCACCGCCGCCUGCACCACCGGCAACAGCGAGGUCAUCACCAGCCUGGUGGCCAACUCCUCCCCAGCUUCCAGCACCAAAACACCUUGCAUUUCCAAGACUGAAAAUCAGCCUCAAGGACUUGCAACAAGCGUCAGGUGGGGACAGACACCCAUCAAUCAGUCCACGCCCUGGGACACUGAUGAGCCUCCAUCUAAACAGAUGAGGGAGAAUGAAAACCCAGGUGCAGCACCCUGGGUCACCACGGUGGCAGCGGGCAGCCAGCCCGCCCUCAUCACGCACUCCUACGGGAUGACCCAGCCGCCCACCUUCAGCCCAGCCGCCAACGUGCAGGCCCCCGUCAUCGGCGUCACGCCCUCCCUCCCGCCGCACGUCACCCCCCAGCUCCCACUGAUGCCAGGCCACUACCAGCUCCAGCCGCAGCCCUCCCAGCCCCUCAGCAACAUGGUGGUCAACCUCCAGAGCCAGCCCUUGUACACCAACAGCCAGCCCCUCAGCAUGUCCUCCAUGAGCGGCGUGGGCCCAGUGGCCCACCCAGGCCCCGGCGCGGUGGGCAAUGGCCACCUGGCCUGCCCUAUGCUGCCGCCGCCGCCUCCAGCCCUGCCCUCGGCCGCCCUGCCCAGCAGCGCGCCCGCCACCAACGGGCAGGCGGCCGCCCCGCUGCCCCCCAACGCGGCCGCGGUGGGCGGCCCGGACAACACCAACGGGGUGCAGAUGCUACGGACGAUCGGCGUGGGGAAGUACGAGUUCACGGACCCCUGGCACCCCAAAGAAAUGUUGAAGGAGUUGAACCAGCAACGCAGAGCGAAAGAGUUUACAGACCUGAAAAUUAUUGUUGAAGGCAAAGAGUUUGAAGUCCACCAAAAUGUUCUAGCUUCCUGCAGCUUGUAUUUCAAGGACCUGAUUAAAAGGUCACCACGAGACAGCAGCAGAAGCGGGGAGAAGCUGGAACUGGCCAUGUCCAACCUCACUGCGGAUGUCCUGGAGUUACUCCUGGAGUUUGUUUAUACAGGUUCUUUGAUCAUAGAUUCAGCCAAUGCAAAAACACUACUGGAAGCUGCCAGCAAGUUCCAGUUUCAUACUUUCUGUAAAGUCUGCGUUUCAUUUCUAGAAAAACAGCUGACUGCUAGCAACUGCUUAGGAAUAUUAGCCAUGGCUGAAGCCAUGCAGUGCACUGAACUAUACAACAUGGCCAAAGCUUAUGCCCUGCAAAUUUUCCCAGAGGUGGCAAACCAAGAAGAGAUCCUUAAUAUCUCCAAAGAUGACUUCAUUUCCUACAUGUCCAAUGACAGCCUAAACACCAAAGCAGAAGAGCUGGUGUAUGAAACAGUGAUAAAGUGGAUUAAGAAGGAUGCCGCCAUCAGAGCUCAGUAUGCUGCAGAGCUGCUGGCAGUGGUGCGGCUCCCCUUCAUCCAUCCCAGCUAUCUGCUGAAUGUUGUUGACAAUGAGGAGUUGAUAAAGUCUUCGGAGGCUUGCCGGGAUCUGGUGAACGAAGCCAAGCGUUAUCACAUGCUGCCACACGCCCGCCAGGAGAUGCAGACCCCGAGGACCCGGCCCAGGCUCUCUGCAGGAGUAGCUGAGGUAAUAGUCUUAGUUGGGGGUCGCCAGAUGAUUGGCAUGAACCAACGUGCUUUAACAGCAGUCACCUGCUUAAAUCCUCAAAACAACAAGUGGUACCCAUUGGCCAGCCUGCCCUUCUAUGACCGAGAGUUUUUCAGCGUGGUCAGCGCUGGAGACAACAUCUAUCUCUCAGGCGGAAUGGAGUCGGGUGUCACGCUGGCUGAUGUCUGGUGUUACAUGUCCUUGCUCGAUAACUGGAACCUCGUGUCCCGCAUGACAGUCCCGAGGUGUCGGCAUAACAGUCUGGUGUACGAUGGGAAAAUUUAUACCAUUGGAGGGGUCGGUGUGGCAGGCAACGUUGACCAUGUGGAAAGGUACGACACCAUCACCAACCAGUGGGAGACCAUCGCGCCCCUGCCCAAGGCCGUGCACUCGGCCGCGGCCACCGUGUGCGGGGGCAAGAUCUACGUCUUCGGGGGGGUCAACGAGGCCGGCCGAGCCGCGGGGGUCUUGCAGUCCUACGUCCCUCAGACCAACUCGUGGAGUUUCAUAGAGUCCCCCAUGAUUGAUAACAAAUAUGCUCCUGCAGUCACUCUCAAUGGGUUCAUCUUUAUUCUUGGAGGAGCUUAUGCACGAGCAACCACCAUCUAUGACCCAGAGAAAGGCAAUAUUAAAGCAGGUCCCAACAUGAACCACUCCAGGCAGUUCUGCAGUGCUGUGGUUCUGGAUGGAAAAAUCUAUGCUACUGGUGGGAUUGUCAGCAGCGAAGGACCUGCCCUGGGAAACAUGGAAGCCUACGACCCUAAAACAAACACGUGGACACUUCUACCAAAUAUGCCCUGCCCCGUUUUCCGACACGGCUGCGUAGCAAUCAAGAAGUACAUUCAGAGCGGCUGAUGUUCCCCAGGAGUCGGAUGGAGAACUGUUUGUACCUGCUGAAAGCAGGCAAGAAGAAUAGUUACUUAAGGAACAAAAGCAGCAAAGCCAGCCAGUGAACAUAUUGCUCUAAGGUCUUGAAUAGUGUCUACAUUGAAUGUAGAAAAAUCAUCCUCACCUUUUGGUGAACAAGGAGCAGAGAGCUCCGUGCUAUGUAAGAUAUUGUAACUUAAUAAUGCAAGGGUGUCACUAGAUGUUAUAGUGGCACUUGUUCUGGACAUCGGCUUUUGGUCAACCCAGGUGCAAUAGAAUUUCUCAUAUUUUUUAAGCUGGGGAAGAGAGGAAAAAAAUAAUCUGCAUUUUACUUUAGAGCUCAAGCUUGAUUCUUGAAAUAACCAUGCAGAUUAGUUUUACUAUUACACUUUAGGCAUCAGUCUAUUUGAAAGGUCAAAGUGUCCUUACCACUUUGAUUCCUACAUUUGGUUCUAAUACAUGCUUUUCAAUACCAAUGACUGAGAGAAAUUUUGUGUGACAGAUGGCUUAUGUUGAUGUCAGUCUUCCAUCAGAUCAAACAAAUAUUUCAGUUCUCUAGAGAAGAGCCCAAAAGCAGGGUGAGGUGGGGACUAGGGAGAAGAAGAAUAGCCAUUGGUAAUAAAUUCCAUGUAAAAUGAUGAAAACAAAAGGUCUGUUGGGCUGGAUGAGUUUCUGCUCCUGGUGAUUCUCAUGUGGGGGUGGGGGGGAUUCUAAACCUUUUCCUCUGGGUUUCUGCUGAUGCACUUGGCAGUGCUGAAUUCCCUCAGUGCAAAAUGGAAACUGUGUGGAUUCCAGAGGCAUUCUCCUGAUAAACCCACUCUUCACUUCUGGCUGGAAUCACAGUAAAAUGCACAGCAUAGGGUGGGUUUGCCACGUCUUCAUCAAACACAGAAGAUGCCUCCUGUGGCUACACACUUGGUUUUGGCUCUCAACCAAAAUUCCUUACGUCGGGAUACACGCCACUAUCUUUUAUGUAAAGGCUGAGAAGUUUUUUAUUUUACUUUAUUUUCAAAUUCCUUCCCUAGGUGUGGAAGCCUUAUACUUCUUAUUUACAGAUUCUAAACACAUGAGUUUAAAGCCCAUGGUAGAAAAAUGCAUAGACUUAAGCCCAGUGUAAGAGACUUCAAAUUAUUACUAUGUAGAGUUGUACGUAUAUGCACAGCACAGGGGUUAUAUUUUUAUAUAUAUUAAAAUAUUGUCUAUCCAGAGAGCAUUGUGAUGUGGAAAUUCUUUAUAAAUUUAUACAUAAAAGGAACAAAUGGGAGAUGGACUGGGUAACAUAGAGGGGGCAGGGAAAAGAAUCUUAAAAUUCAGCAGUAGAAAGUAACCCCAAGCUAAGGAUUGUCUGGUUUCCUUCCAAGUAGGGGGAAAAAAGUUGCCAUACUUGCCUUUGCAGACUCAAAUCCCAAAUGCCAUACCAGUAAUUCAAGAAGGAGAGUCCUGUACAGGGUGUGGGUGAGAUCUUGCAUUCAAUAUCUAGUUGAAUUUCAUACCAAAUACAGUAGCCUUUUUAUAUGAAGGGAGGUCUGCCUACAGCUUUGGGGAAAUCAAUGCAGAUGUUUAGCUAAUCAUCUUAUUUUAUUAAUAACCAUUUAUAAAAUAAAAUUAAAAAAAAAACAAAGACAUUUGUAUCUUGCAGUAUUUAAAGAAAUUGUGCUCGAGUCAGCUGAGUCAAGCUAUAGGGUGACUCAAGCCUCUCAUUUUGACAGUGAGGUUCCAGCCUUUGUUAUGCAGUUGUUUUAUUUAUUCUUUAAAGAAAAAUAAUAAGCACAACAAAAUUAUAUACUAGUAUGCCAUUUAAAGUAUUUAUGUCAAACAGGGUGCAAGUGUGAACCUAAAGAUUGGAGCACAAGUUUCUAACUGCCUGGGGCAGGACUAAUUUUAGUGUUGGUGUGUGUCUACCUCCAAAGGAGGUGCUACCUGUCAACAAGACUGAAACACAUUCGACAUUUUCAAUUUAGCUUAUUUCUUCAUUUCUCACACUGGAACAAAACUGGCUAUUUCUGUGAAUAAUAUUAAAAACAGGGUUAUCUGUAAUGGUAUUGUAUAUAGUUUAUGUUUACUGUUAAGUUCUUGUUAUAUUAUAAUAAAUAUAUUUAUAGAUCUAGA